GUCCUCGGCUGCCGUAGACUGAGCGGGACGGUGCAGAAGUUGAAGCAGUUCCCGGAAAUACAACGUUUGUGAUCUUGUGGGUCUGGCGAAAAACUCAGGUCCUGACUCCCCAGGAGCAAUAGAAUCAUGUGAAGCAGGAGGAAGUUGCAGGGUUGGGUAUAAGCACGUCUGGGGACACACCUGACUGAAGACAGAUUUCUGAACAGAAAUUUAGAGCAGACCCAGAACACACCAAGACAGAGCCUCCCUUUGCCAGCUUUUUUACAUAGAACAAGAAAAUGCUCCAGGCUCAAGUUAACAAGAACAAUUAACUUCUUUACAUGACAGAAACUUCUAAUUAUAUGAAUGCAUGGAUGACUGAAUGCACAAUUAAAAAAAGAGGAGUUUCUGACAUUUCACGAUGUGGCCGUGGACUUUACCUUGGAGGAGUGGCAGCUCCUGGACUCUGAUCAGAAGGACCUGUACAGGGAUGUGAUGUUGGAGAACUACAGCAACUUGGUGUCAGUGGGUUAUGAAUCCAGCAAUCCAGACGUAUUCUCCAAGUUGGAUCAUGGAGAAGCACCAUGGACAAAGGAAGGUGAAAUUCACUGUGGAAACCAUUCAGAAAUCUGGAAACUUGAUGACCAUCUGCUGGAGAACACAGAAAGUGAAAGCAUGGAGAAUAGCCUGGAACAAUGGCACAAAAAUAACGUAUUUGAAAAUUGUGUCCAUUGGAGCAAAAGUCAUUUUCUGUUACGACAAAAUCAUGGUACAUUUGACUCACAUGGAAAAAGUAUGAAAUCAGAUUUGUCUUUACCUAACCAGAGCAGAAACUAUGAAAUCAGGAGGCCCACUGAACUUUCUGGAAAUGGGAAAUCCUUUCUCCAUGCUAACAGUAAACAGUUUCAGACUGAAAUGAAAUUCCUGGAAAUUCAAAAACUCAUCAGCACCAAGUCCCAACUCAUCAAACAUCAGGAACUUCAGAAAAUAAGGAAACAACAUAUAUGCAGUGAAUGUGGGAAAGCCUUCUUGAAGAAGUGGUUGCUUAAUGAUCACCAGAAUCUUCAUACAGGAGAGAAGCCCCAUCAGUGUAGUCUGUGUGGGAAAGCCUUCUCCAGAAAGGUUACACUGAAGGAACACCGGAGAUCACAUACAGGAAAGAAACCUCAUGAAUGCAGAGAGUGUGGCAAAGCCUUUGUCAAGAAAUCACAGCUCAAUAUACAUUAUAAAAUACACACAGGGGAGAAACCUUUUGUAUGCAGUGACUGUGGGAAGCGCUUUAUCCAGAAGGGCAAUCUCAUGGUACAUCUACGGAUUCACACAGGUGAGAAACCUUAUAUAUGUAAUGAAUGUGGAAAAGGCUUCAGCCAAAAGACAUCUCUCACAACACACCAGAGACUUCAUACAGGAAAGACACCCUUUGUGUGUAGUGAAUGUGGAAAAUCCUGUUCCCAGAAGACAGGUCUCAUUAAACAUGAAAGAAUUCACACUGGAGAGAAACCCUUUGAAUGCAGUGACUGUGGGAAAGCCUUUAUUGGGAAGCCACAGCUUGUUGUACAUCAGAGAAUUCAUACAGGAGAGAGACCCUAUGGUUGUAAUGAAUGUGGGAAAACCUUCAGAGCAAAGUCAGUCCUCAAUGAACAUCAGAAAAUUCACUCAGUCAAGGUGGUACAUCCUCUCUCAGAGAGUCAAAUGUCAUCAAAGACUAGUGUGGUCCUGCAGGAGAAAAACCUUGUUAAUACAGUGGCUAUGCAGGUGCCUUCUCUGGCCCCUCAGACAGCAUUAAAUGUCAGUGGGCUCCUAGUAAACAGAAAUGUAGUCAUAGUGGGCCAGCCUGUGGCCAGCUGUGCACCCUCAGGAGGAUUUGCACAGAAUAGAAACCUUAUGAAUGCAGUGAGUGUGGAUUCACCUUCAGUUGUCAAUUAUGUGUUAUAUUAUGUCAUAGGAAACCAAUAGGAAAAAACUCAGACACAUUCUGUGUGCAAGGAUUUGAUCAAAACUUUCUACCUCAGGUUAUGGUUGAAAAGCAUAUCCUGAGAGAAGUUGUAGAAAUGCUGAGACUGGGAAGUCAUGAUAUCCUCAUUCUAUUCAAUAUGUGCAUUGACACAGAGGCAUAAUCUGAUGUUAACCUAGAGACAUAACGUCAAUUGGUCUAUUAAAGGAAUGAAAGAAGCUAAGUGAAGCCAGUAAGUGAAGUUUUUUAAAACAUAAAAGUUAUUUGUAUCUGGGAUGUUGCUAUGAAUAAAAAACCAGGAAGGAGGUAAUACUGGGUUGGUGGGAUCUGAAGCAUAUAUAUGUUCAGUUUCCCUAGACCAAAGUGAAGGAUUAAUUGAAAAUUUGGAUGUCUACCAUAAACUCUUAGCAGUUUAUAUUAUGUAGCGGGUUUAUGAAAUAACAGGUUCAGAUUGAGUCAAUUCAUUCAUUUAUAUCAAGAUUUUGUCACAUCCUGCCCUUAUAUCUGGUUC